AUGGAGGGUAGAGAUUUUCAGAAAAAUAAUUUAGGUUUGCAAAUCAAUUCACAAGAUAGUGGAACGAGCCGUACAACCUUCCAUUCACUGCAAGACUUAGGAGACGAUAUAAUGAAUGAAAGCUGGGAUCGUGUAAAUCAGAAGAAGAUUAGUGCAAAAGAUGAUGUUUUCCCUGAAAUACCUCUUCCAUCACCAUCUUUAUCGGCAGAGAAGGUAAAUACAAAAGAAGAAGAAGAGGUAGUGAUCAAGUCAUCAAAUUCACAGUCAAAAGAACCGUCACAGAAACCUCCAGUAGAUAUUCCUUACACAUGUUUUACCAAGGAUCGAAGGCUAGUCAUUUUUGGAAUUAUUAUUUUUAUAGGGUUUUUGGGCCCAAUGUCAGGAAACAUAUAUAUUCCAGCUCUGCCACUUUUGCAAAGGGAAUUUGAUGUGAGUGCAACGACCAUAAAUGCCACAGUUUCUAUUUUUAUGGCAGUGUUCUCGGUUGGACCACUGUUUUGGGGCGCACUCGCAGAUUUUGGCGGAAGAAAGUUUUUAUAUAUGGUAUCAUUGUCAUUAAUGUUAACCGUUAAUAUAAUACUGGCUGCUGUGCCAGCAAAUAUUGCCGCGCUUUUCGUCUUAAGAGUUUUUCAAGCUUUUGCAUCAAGUUCUGUUAUUUCUUUAGGGGCUGGUACAGUAACAGAUGUUGUUCCUCCAAAACAUAGAGGGAAGGCGAUUGCGUAUUUUAUGAUGGGCCCGAACAUGGGACCAAUCAUAGCACCAAUAGUGGCUGGAUUGAUUUUGAUGAAAGGAAAUUACUGGAGGUGGCUCUUUGGAUUUACUUCUAUAAUGGCGGGAAUAGCAUUGAUCUUAGUAAGCGCGCUACUUCCAGAAACACUUCGUUGUAUAGUUGGAAAUGGGGAUCCCAAGUGGUGUGAAAAGAAGAGGGAAGAAAAAGGAACAGUACCCCCAUCCUCUCAGAGAAAGGGACUAUCGCGUUGGCAUUUGUUCCCAGAUAUGGGUAUCCGUAAACCAGUUACUAAUGACCCUUUCUUCCAACAAAAAUUUCCAAAACCACCAAAAGCAGGCUUUACGCUAUACUGGAAGAUGGUUAAAUGUCCCCCAGUAAUAAUCACAUCUAUUAGCACUGCUCUCUUAUUUUCUAGUUAUUAUGCCUUCAGUGUUACGUUUUCUUACUACCUCGAGAAUGACUACCAUUUUACCAUGCUAGAAAUCGGUGCUGCUUACGUCUGCCCAGGAGUAGCCAUGCUGUUAGGAUCUCAAUCUGGUGGUCAUCUCUCAGAUUAUCUUCGUUCACGUUGGAUCAAAAGUCACCCCGAAAAGAAAUUUCCUGCAGAGUUCCGUUUAAUACUAAAUCUGGUCGGAAUUGUACUAACACUGGGCGGUACAGUUGGAUAUGGAUGGUCCAUUUUCUUUCAUCACCACUUUGUUGUGCUCUUGGUUUUUUCCUCAUUGAUGGCCUUCGGUAUGACCUGGUGCAGCAAUACUUCCAUGACAUAUUUAACUGAGCUAUUCCCUAAAAGAGCUGCUGGAACUGUCGCGGUGAGCAGUUUCUUUCGAAACAUUGGUGCGGCUAUAAGUUCCGCUAUUAUAUUGAAGCUUUGCAAAGCAAUGGGAACAGGAUGGUGUUUUACAGGACUGGGGUUGUGUAGUCUGUUUUCGCUAAUUGGUAUAUUAUAUCUAAUCAUUUUUCAGAGAAAGUAUGUUACUGAAGAGUUUUGA